AUGCUCACGUCAAAGGGGAGCGUCUUUCUCCCCCACCUUCCUCUCUACCCAUCACCCCUCCACAUUCAGAAGAAAUCGCGCAAAGCAACCUUUCGUCGGCGGAUAUUCCGUAGGUCAAGCCACAAGCAUUGCGACAACGAGUACGUGUUCGGUCCACUUGACGACAUUAUCGACGAGAUCAAAAGCGACAUUUGGGAGUCACCGUCUGACUGUGGCUUCGACUUGUCUGUCCUCGAUUGCGCGUGUCCUCUCGAGGCGCCGUUGUUGUGGACCACAGCACCUCUACCCGUCAGUCGUAUUCCGAAAGACCAUACUCUGACGAUCCCCAAGCACAGAAACAGCCGCUCGACGGCUUCAGGCUCAAGCCUUGGAGAUCCGAUGGCGCACCCCUACAGCACUGGCCACGAUGCACCUGUUAAUGGCGGUCCAGUACGUUCCCCACACACAACAACAGUGGGCGUGACGUCAUAUGAGCCCGCGGCUUCCAAUUCCUCUACUCCUCCUAAGUACGUCACUGCGCAACAAGCCCUAGAAAAUGUGGUUAGCUACGACGGAGGUCCCGUUGAACCGCCUAGGGGUCACACUUCUAUGUUCCGACGUUUGACCAGCGGCCUCACACUCUUGCGUCGGCAGGGCACUGGAGACACAAGUGUUAGUAUCAAUGCCCCUGAAGCGUCUUCCCCCACAACCGCCUCGACACUUGCUACCCACGAUGAGGACUCGAAUGAUCCGAAUGACGCUGCCAUCGAAGCUUGGCUGUGGAGGAAAGCUAGCGACGGAGAAUGGUUUAAUCGCUUCAUGGGCCUCGCUACAAAGCACAUGCCUUCCCCGGCAGACCAUAGAGAUGACGUGCCGACCUUGCCUCCAUCAAGCCCGAGUUUACUGAAACCAGAGGUUAAAGUCUUUUCAGAGGUUAGGAUUCUUACCAAAGAGGUUGAAGACUUUACUGUCGCAAUCGAUAUCGAGGGCGUUCUGCACAAUCGUAAGCUCCUGCCGGACACUUCCAUUGAUGUCAUAUGUGUGGUGGACAACGGAUAUUACGUGACUAAGGAUUGUCUUGAAAAGGCCCUAGAUGCUGUCAAAGGAACCUAUGAUCAGUUAGCUCAUGGAGAUCGCUUGGCAUUGUACACCACGCACUGUACUCACCAUCGGGUCACUGGGAACCGUCCCGAGCUGAUGCUUCCCAUUCGGCCCAAAUAUACGGAUACUGGCGAUAAGAUCCAAAAACUGGCACACUACAUUAUGCGGUCUGGUACCCAACUUCGGCAACCGCCUCGCCCCAACCCAUGUAUGGCAGAAGUCAUCAUUUGCAUAGCUAGGUCUAUGCAGGACGACCAUCUAAAGGCGAGCCGUACCCAUUUCAUCGUGCUGACUCCUGCUGCCCAUCUUCUUCAUGGGGUGUCGAGGUACUUUCCAGACCUUUACAUCCACCAGAUCAAUCCUGCGAUUCUUCCUUACUGUCCCGCCCCCGAGUUCGAGGACAAGGUCUGUGUUAUCUCUUGCUGCAAAAAGGUCUUUGCCAGUAAUAUGUCCAAAUAUCAGUUGACAUCCGCACGGAUCAAGAGCAUCAUAAAGGACGCCAGAUCUGUGGAACCCGUGGGUGAGUUGACCGACAUAAGCCUUGACUUCCGCACGAAGACGGGCUGUAAGAUUAUAGAGUGUAUUGGAAGUAAGGAAGUCCCGCAGCUACACCUAGGACAGCUGCACACGAUUUUUCUUCGCAUCCGUGUUACCAAGGCGGAAAUUAAGAGUGUUGAUUUGGACUCGACCAAUCGCAUCUUUAACUCGAGUCUAUCAGCCAAGGGAUUAAGACAAGAGCUGCAAAACUCCGUCCAAGUGGGCGCUGACAAGGUGCAUCUUCUCGACGUGCAGGUCUUGCAUCGCAACUCAAUCCAUGACCCGCAGACCUGGAACUACACAGAGCGACCAGUGAUCGUUAUACGCAAGCUCGGAAGUCUCGCUCCUCCCCAAGACACCUCUAUGGAUGUUUACAAUCGCUUGUACUUCUACAAGCUCACCCAUGCUCUCAAAGAUGACAUCAAGCUUGUAGCUGAGGGCACUAUAGGCACCACCAUCUCCAAUACAUGCGCAGAAGAAAAGAGGCUGAAAGCCGACAUGUUCAAGGAGCUGAAUUUCCACGCGGGUGUGCAUGAAUACGAGAUGCAAUACCGACAGAAGCUUCCGCUUUGCCCCGGCCCUAUCGAUAUGGAAUUUCCGCAUGACUGGCUCAUCGACUUGUGGAACCGCACAAAGGCCAGACGCAAGGGCAUCGAUGGCCUGGAGCGUCUAGCCUGA